AUGUGGAAACCCAUCCUUAUCUCUGGCCAGCAAAUCACCCGAUUCAGCUGCGCCAACCUCUCGAAAACAACUCUGUCACUUGCUACCGCAACAGCAACAAGAACACCCUUCAGCACAGCUCCACGUUCUCAAAUCGAAAAUGACCAGGAUCCCCUAGACCGCCGGGCCCUGAACCCAGAGCGCUCAGAGACCGCCAAAUCCGGCACAGACGCCGAAGUGGCCAAGCAUCCUUCCGCAUUCGAUCCGGCGAACACAGCACCCGAGAACGAGCUCGCAGCUACCGAAGAAGAAAGCAAGAGAGAGGGCAAGAGAGAAAGCCCCCUAAAUAUGAGCCCAGCCAACAAGGAUGUAAGCUCUUGGAGGCGUCCAACUGAGGGAGGGCCUGAUCGCAAUCGGGAUCGCGAGGCUUCCAGCUCUCGCGGGGCGACGAAGAAGGGCCGUGGUGUUCAUGUCAAGGAGGAUGGGACUCAUGUUUCGUACCGGGAUUGA